AUGGACAAUCAUCAUUCUCAUAAAAAUGAUACAUUAGAUUUAUCAUUACAAGGUACAUCAAUUCAACCAAGAACUAUAUCUUUACGUCCAUCAAGUGCACGAAGUGAUACUCAAUUAAAACAACCAGGAAUUAUUUCAUCACAUCCAUCAAGUGCACGAAAUAAUUCUCAAUCAAAACAACCACAAACACCUACAAGAGGAGGCAGUGCUAGAGAACGUAGAACAAGUUUGAGUACAAGUUUAAAUUUAAGUAGUGCUAGACAAAGGCGACUUAGUAAUAGUGGUCAACGAUCGGGUUUGAUUACAUCACCACCUGCUGAUACUAAAAAAUCAAUAACUAUAACACCAUCAUCAAGUAUUUUUCGUGUAUUAAGUCCACAUCAACAUGAUGUUGAUGGAUUCUUUACUGAUCAAAGUCAACAAAAAUCUUUCGAGCAAAAACUUGAUGAUGAUGAAUGGAAUGAAACACGUCGUUGGACUGAUGAAAUUCAUCAUUUAAAUUCAUCAUUUAUUGUACAACAACAAAAUCAUGGUGUUGGACCUAUCGGUAUGUCACGUGAUAGUCUUAAUGGAACAAUUACAGACACUAAUCUUUUUCCAUCGAAUGAUAAUCAACAUAUGCCACCUUCAGAAUCAUUUCAUACUGGACAAGUUAUAUCAACAGAAGAUGAUUUAAAAGCUGAAAAUACUUCAAUAAAUAUUCAACAAUCGUAUCAAAAAAAUGCUGGAAGAAUUGAAGAAAAUAAAUUACAACAACAACAACAACACCGAGAAAUAACAUCACCUAUAGAAACUCAACAACAAAAGAAUAAUAAUAUAUUAUAUAAUCGUCAAUUACCAUCAAGUAGUAGUAUAUCAAGACAUCGAAUAACACCUGUAUCAUCACCAAUUCCAUCAACUUCAAAUAUUGAUCAAAAAAUAAGAUAUGUUAGUUCGACGACAUCACCAUCGUCAUCAUCAUCAACAACAACAACGACAUCAAAAGUGACCUUAAACGAUGUUUAUGAAACACUAAGAAAAUUAGAAGAAGUCGAAAAAUUUUCUAUACAAACUCCAUUAGCAAAUGAUUCAGUCUAUAUCAUUGAUCCAACUACAGUAAUAUCAUCUCCAUUUAUUGAUGAACGUCCACCAGAAACUUCCAAUCAUAUUGAUUCUGUAGUUACUCAUCUCGAUGAAACUAAUGAAAAUGAUCAAACUAUUGAAAGUAUUCGAUCACAAAAAGUCAUUAUACGUGAAACAUCAUCACCUACAACGACUCGUUUUACAAUUCCACCUCAAUCAGAUCGACGACAACAAUCAAAAAAAUUAGUACAAUCAGUUUCAAUACCUCAUAUUCAAGUAUCAUCAUCAAUCGAUCAACAAACACGAUAUGGAACCAAAGUAACAACACCAUAUAAAUCAUUAACAAUUGCUCCCUAUCGAACAAGUCUUCGUGAAGAUGAAUUUAAAAAUAGUAAUAAAAUAAAUCAUGAUCGUAGAGAUACAAGAGUUUCAUCGAGAAUGGACUAUGAAGAAAAACAACAACAUCCAAUUAUUAAUCAACAACAAUUAAAUCAACAAUAUGAAACAACUCUUCAUCAUAGUAAAGAUUUUGAACAAGACAUUGACUAUCAUUUACAAAAACAAAAAGAUGAAUAUGAAGCUAUUAUACAACGACAUUUGAAAUUUAUUGAUCAGUUAAUUAAUGAUAAGAAAAAAUUAUCUCAUCGUUGUGAACUUUUACUAUCCGAAUUAAAAACAAUAGAUAAAAAAUAUAAUAAUCGAAUGCGAUCUAUUGAAGAAUCUCAUCGUAAUGAAUUACAACAAUUAAAAGAUGUUCAUGAAGCAACUGAAAAAUUACGACGUGAACAUUGGAUUGAAGAAAAAACAAAAAAACUUAAAGAAUUAACUGUACGUGGUUUAGAACCUGAAAUUCAAAAAUUAAUUAAUAAACAUAAAAAUGAAUUAACAAAAAUGAAAACUAUUCAUGAAGCUGAAUUAUUAACAGCUGAUGAACGUGCUGCACAACGUUAUAUACGUAUGACAGAAGAAUUACGUGAUCAAUUAGAACGUGAAAAAGAAGUAGCUAUUAGUCGUGAACGUGAAUUAGCUCGAGAAAAAUAUGAAAAAUCAUUACAUGAUGAAGAAAAAACGUUUAAUGAACAACGACGUCGAUUAUAUACAGAAAUUGAUGAAGAAAAAAAUCGACAAAAUGAUUUAAUAGCAAAACAACGUGCUGAUCUUGAUAAACUUCGACGUGAUAUAGAAGAAAAUCAUCGAACAGUUGUUGAUACAACUAAACAUGAAUAUGAAGCAAUACGUUUAGAACAAGAACGUCGACAUGUUAAUGAAAUUCAAGAAUUAAAAGAUAAAUUAACAUUAGAAAAACAAAAUUGGGAAGAAAAUAUAAUAAAAAAACAUGAAACAAUAUUAAUUAAUAAAGAACGUGAAUUACGAGAACAAAUGAAACAAGAACGAGAUAAAGAAAUUGAAAAAAUUAUUGCACAAUUUGAAUCAGAUACAACAAUAAGUAAAGAAGAAGCAGACCAUUCAGCAGAAAAUCGUGUGAAACGUAUUCGAGAUAAAUAUGAAGCAGAAUUUCAUGAAUUAGAAAAUUCUGAAAAACAAACAAGAGAACGAUUUAAUCAAAUUAAAGCUCAAAUAACAGAAGUUCAAGGUGAUAACGAACGAUUACAAGUAUUACUUAAACAAAAAGAUACAGAAAUGAAUGAUAUCAAAAAGAUCACUGAAACAUUACAACAAGAACGUGAUCGUUUAUCAGAAAUUAUUCGACAAGAAUUUGCUGAUCGACUUGUAUUAACUGAAGAAGAAAAUCGUCGAAUAAAAGGUGAAAUAGCAGAAUUACGUGCUCGACAACAAUUAGAAUUAGAAAAGAAAAAAGAAGAAAUUGAAAUAUUACAACAACAACAAGAAAAAGAAUUAGAAACUAUACAUGAAAAAAUUAAAGAAGCAAUUACGAAAAAAGAUGAACAAGUACGUGGAUUACAUGUUCAAUAUGAAACUGCCGUUAUACGAGUAGAACAUCUUGAAAGUUUAUUAGCACAACAACGAAAAUUAGUUGCAGCAGUACCUUCAAGUGGUAGCAAUGUAUUGAAAAAAGUAUAG